UACAUUUUCCUUGAAACUUGUGAUGGACCUCACUGCAGCGAAGCAGAUAAGUAACUAAAAGGCUCUCAUUGACUUCAAACUUUGCGAAUACGAAUGUGCUCUGCCUUCGGCUCCCCAUCUUUAUCUAUUGUUGUCUUUCUCAGCUUUGCAAUGACUCUCACACGCGAGCAGUUCCUAGACUCGCCUGCUGCUCAUGCCCCUCCAGGCGUAGUGCCUAAUCUCGAGAGCCCUGACAAUACCAGAAACUAUGCAUUUCCUCUAUUCAUAUUUGUGGUCACUGUUACAAAUGCAGUGUUUCUUGCAAAGCUAUGGGUUCAGCUACGAAUCGUGAAGAAAAUGCUGUUGGAAGAUUACAUCUUGAGUGUUGCUUGGCUUGUCUACAAUGGGGCCUUUUGCACUAUCGCUGUAAUGAUCUGUAACCUGCCUGUUGGGAUGCAUCGGUGGGAUAUGGAUAUGUCUCAUCUGAUGAAGCAUUUAUUCCUCUUCAAUUGUGCCUGGAUCAUUUACGGGAUUUUGAUGAUAUUGAUCAAAGCCAAUAUCCUCCUGCAGUAUAUCCGCAUUUUUGUUCCAGACGGUACUCGCUGCUUCACCUCUGUGGCAUGCUACACCCUCAUCACUCUAAACACGGGCUAUCACACCAUGUUCGUGUUUAUGCUGAUCUUUGCAUGUGUGCCUCGUCACAAGAUAUGGGAUUCUACGGCUUCUGGGCGUUGUCUCGAUUGGCCCAUCGUUCUAACGAUAGGUAACACUGUUACCUUUAUAUCCGAUGUUAUCAUUUGGGCAGUACCGCAAAGGAUUAUCUGGCGCUUGCACCUAAACAGAAGUAAGAAGUGGGGUCUAAGCGCUCUGUUUACUAUUGGCAUAUUUGCUAUCAUCUGUUCGGCUGUGCGCAUUCACUACCAAAUUCUGCUUCUCAAAAGUCAGGCCGAUGUUACCUUUAUUGGAUCGAAACUCUGUUUCUGGGGUACUUGCCAGGUCACGGCUGGGUUUUUGGUCGCCUGUCUUCCUACAACACCUCUAUUAUUCCGUAACAUGAAGAAACGCACCUGGGCAGAGAAGUUAAGGAGCUGCGUGAGGAAGAUUUGGAAGCUUUCGACAUAUGACUCUGGUUCUACACGGGAAAACAGGGUAAAGAACUCUUCUUCGGAUGAAGGAGGCGGGAGUAAGCGGUUCGGUUCAGGAAGUGGUAAAAGAGUCGUGACAGAUGUGGAAUUUGACGAAUUGGUGAAUAGAGAUAUGUCCAUUGCAUCGCAAUUCACGAGUAGGGGAGAUGACGCCCAAAGCUCCUUUGGUGGAUCGGCUAGGGGCAUUUGAGCCGCAUGGAUUACUUGAAAGAUGUCUUGGAUGGCUGGUUCACAAGCAUUAAGUCUACACUUACUCAAAUAGAAUCAAUUCAUCAAUUGUUAGCUACCGGCUAUUUA